UGCUUCCACGCCUAACUCUAGUGCCGCCACCAGUGGUAGUGCUCUACCCCCUCCAGCGGAAAUCUCUUUGGACGGGGCGGCGAAUACGGAGAGUCGCCGCAGAUGGCGGACCGUUUGACCCGUAUCGCGAUCGUGAGCGAGGACAAGUGCAAGCCCAAGAAGUGCCGCCAGGAGUGCAAGAAGAGAUGCCCCGUUGUCAAGACCGGAAAGCUUUGCAUUGAAGUUAGUCCAGCGGCCAAACUUGCAUUCAUUUCUGAAGAGCUGUGUAUUGGUUGUGGUAUUUGUGUUAAGAAAUGCCCAUUUGAUGCCAUUGAAAUCAUCAAUCUUCCAAAAGAUUUGGAGAAAGAUACUACCCAUUGCUAUGGACCGAAUACCUUCAAAUUGCACAGGUACUUUUUUAAUCGAAGAGCCAGGCGCUACGUUUGGAUGUUUGUAUUAAAGGCCUCCGUAUUGAAUUGGCUCAAUACUAAUUCAGUGGGUAAAGUGUAAUGGACAUGAAUACAAUUUUGCUUGUUUGGAUGCUCAUGGAAUCCCAGUGAGGUUUCAAUACCAAAUCUUGUUUGGAUGGCAAACUAUGGAAUUGCAUAGUGCCUUGUUCUAUAUGUAUAAAAUCGAAAUUUGUACAAUAUGUGACCAUAAUUUCCACACAUAAUUAUAGUUCCGCACAUAAUUAAGAAUCAUAAGUUCCACACAAAAAUAAGAAUCAAUCCACCCAUCAAAGCAGAAUCACAAGUUCCACA